AUGCCGCCUAGUUCUGAACACAACCCGCAACAGCGAGGCCGACUCGCCCUUGCCGUCAUCACCGGCGUACUUACCACCAUCACUCGUGUGUUUGCUACCAUCACUGGCGCGCUUGGCGCUACUCGCCAGCAAACUACCCGGAAUCCGCCACCCGAACAACCCGCCAUGGAGUCCAGGAACUCCCGCGACCGCGACGGCAGCCUCCAGAGGCUAUUCUGCCACGAAUGUCGAAACGAAUGGCGUGGCUCCGAGGACUCUUUGGAGUGUCCCCGAUGCCAGAGCUCAUUCACCGAGAUUAUUGAAAACCACAACAGUACGCAGGAUAGUGUACAUGAGACAGGGUUACCCUAUUCUGGAGGGUUUACCGCUGCCUCCAUUCCCGAGACCAACGGGAAUAUGGAGCAACAAGUGAACGAACGGCAAUCUCCCUUUGGGCAAUUUCCCUUUGGAGUUCGCCCCGCGCCGCGUUUCGGCGCCCAAAACGACGGUGGCCACGUCAACGACGGCGACGCCGUCUUUAGGCGUUUCGCUGACAUGCUAAUGAACGACUUGGGGGCCGGGAGAGUGGUGCACGGGGGUCCCGGAUCCGGCGACCUGUUCCCGGGAGAUGGGAGUGCGUCCCAGCCAGCUACCAGGGUGCGGCCCGGGCAUACUACUGUACGGGCGGGCCGGGUGUCCUUCCGCGCGAGUGUUAGCACCAUCCCAAGUAGAGCCACAGGCGGAGGCGGCUCUGUCACAAACGAUCCCGAUCGGCCGCCGGUCACCGUGAGCACGUAUGUCAUCCCUACGAGAGGCCACCUUCAUCCCGGCGGGCGAGCGAUACGCGCGGUCACCAUCAUCGACAAUCGUGUUACUGACGCUAAUGAACCGCUUAGAUUAUUCGACCAGGUCUUUGGCAACCCUUGGGGAGCACCAGCUCCGGACGAUGCGGCAGACCCGGCCUUCAACUUGUUGCACGGACUCCACCAGCUCCUGAGCACGUUGCACAACCCCGCCUCGGCGGUACAUGGCGACGCAGUAUUUACGCAGGAGGCGCUGGACCGCAUCGUCACCCAGCUCAUGGAGGCUUCACCCCAGACCAAUGCCGCCCCUCCCGCAACACAGGCCGCCAUCGCAAAACUCGAAAAGAAACGGGUGGAUGAGGCGAUGCUCGGCAGAGAGGGAAAGGCCGAGUGCACCAUUUGCAUCGAUGAUAUCAAGAAGGGCGAUGAAGUGUUGGUGCUCCCGUGUAGCCACUGGUAUCACGGCGAGUGCGUUGUUCUCUGGCUCAAGGAACACAACACGUGCCCGAUAUGUCGGAUGCCCAUCGAGGACCCCAAGACCGAUGGGCAUAACAGCAACGUCAGGCCUGCCGCUAUGACAUCCGACCAGUGGGACUCCGCCUUCCCACCACUGUCGUAG